AUGCUGUCGUCGCUCUCCGUCCACAUCACACAGCGCUAUCACGGGCCAUUAAGCAGGACGCUAUCGUCGGUUACUUUCCGCCGGACGUCGUCGCCACUCUGGGGACAAGGAGUGGCAGGAACAGGAUUCGCCAACGCCAUUCGAGUCGGGAUCCAGACAAGUCGAUCUGCCCAUGGAGCAACAACAGCUGCAACAUCCGAUGCAACGGCUGCAUUCAUGUCGAAGCAUCCUGCAUUACCCACAGCAACCCUUCCAAAGCGAGGACUUGUGCUCUCGAAACUGGGCUUUGGCGCCUACCGCGUUAAUUCUUCACAGUCGGCGCAUAAGGCGGCUCUUGUCAAGGCUGUUCAGGCUGGUGUUAAUGUCAUCGAUACAAGUUCGCACUUUGGACAUGGUGCUUCCGAAAAGUUCAUUGGCGAGGCAUUGGGUGAUCUGUUCAAGCAGGACGCGAUCAAGCGCGAGCAAGUGGUAGUGGUAUCCAAGGCAGGAUUCAUCUUGCCUCCAACAACAGAGUUCCCCACACAGGAUCUCGAAAACGUCCCUUCCUACGCCGCCAUCUCCUCGACAUCCUACCAUUCCAUCCACCCAAACUACCUCAAAGCCCAGAUCUCCCAAUCCCUGGAUCGACUCAAAAUGGAAAAACUCGACAUUUUCAUGCUCAACAACCCCGAACGCAUGUUGGGCGACCGGAUGUUGCCCGGCGGGUUUAGCAAGUCGAGGCUGUAUAAGGAGAUCGCAGAGGCGUUCGCCUACCUGGAUACGGAGGUUGAGACUGGACGGAUUGGCGGGUAUGGGAUCUGUUCAAACGCGUUGCAUAUCCCGACGACGGAGGAUCAUUUGUCGCUGAAGGCGAUCUUGAAGACAAGGCAGGACUUUGGGUGGAAGUUGGAGAAUUUUGUGGCUGUUCAGGCGCCGUUGAACUUGUUUGAGCGCGAUCUUGUCACUGAUGCCGAGUCCACAAAGUCACUCGCCGCCGAAGCCAAGGAAAACGAUAUUUUCGUCUUUACGAACCGGCCUUUGAACGCGAUCGCUGCGGGACAAAUUGUUACAUUGGAAAACAAGGGUCAGCACAGCCGUCAAGAGAAUUCGGUCAAGUUGCUGGAGACGUUGGACUUGGGCUUUUCAUCUCUUGCUAACAUGGAGCUGGACAUCAAGGAUAUGAUUGAAGAGGAGUCUCUCGCCCUGAAAUUUGUCUGGAGCGAGGUCCUCUCAGAGAACCUCACACGACUGUCGUCUAAUUACUUUGCCGCAAAACACUUUUUGGAGCGCGAAGUCCUUCCAGCGAUCGACCGGGACUUGAAGAUCCUCGAGGAUAGUACCCAAAGCGAACCGGAUCUGGAAGAUAAAGAUGCCAUUCUUACUUGGAUCCAUCGAUACCGUCGGGAAGCACAAUCGUUAACAAAGGAUAUUGGAUUGUUCUGUCAACUGGACUCGGACAAGCGGAAUGACGAGCUCAACCUGGUCCUGGGACUGAUCUGCCGUGAGUUUGUGUCGGAUGUCGGCGAAAACAAGGUCGACGACAUUGGGUCCCCCCUCUCGACAAAGUCGAUCCAGUACUGUAUCGCGCACGAGAAUGUUGGGUGCACACUUGUGGGGAUGCGGACACCGGAUUAUGUCCAUGAUGCUGUUGCGGCUGCAGAGGCCAGUCGACGAUUGACGAAGCGCGAUCUUGGGCUUAUUGAACAAUGUCCUCUUCUCUUGAACACUACGUCCGAGUAA